UGCUCGUGUAAACAGACAGACACACACUUCCAUAACUAAUCCUUCUCUCUUCAUCUCACCUCCAUUCCCAUCGCCAUUUGCAACACCCAACAUGUCUCAAUCACCACCGACCAUCAUCUCCACCUCGCAGACCCCCGAGGAAGAGCGCAACAUCGCCAUCGCCAAGCAAUACAUGGCGAUCGCCUACUCCCCCACCGACAACCACGGCGCCGAGUCCGUCCGCCACCUCUGCACCGCGGACAGCUGGUUCUGGAGCCCCUCCACCUUCCCGGGCUGCUCCACGCCGAUGGACUACGCCGACUCGCACGCGACGGUCAUGCGAUCCGUCACCGACCUGCACAUCGUGCGCUUCGACCAGGCCUGGGCGAAAGACGGCCACGUCCUGCUCCGGUAUACCGCGGAGGGGUCGCAUGCGGGCGCCCCCUAUCAGGGGAUCGAGAGGUCGGACCCGCCGAAACGGGCGCAGUGGAGUGCGGCGGCCAUUUUCGAGAUCUGCGAGGGCAAGGUGAAGAGCUUCACCAAAGAUUGGGAUCAGAAGGUCAUGCAGAUUCAACUGGGUUGGGCGCCGGUUCAGGAAUCGGAUGAUCCGCGGUGGAAGGCGGAGAUCUUGGCGGAUCCGGAGAAGGGGCGGCAGGCGAAGUGAAAGCUCCUUGAAUCUCGUGGGGGGCAAGGGAUAGGACGCUGGGGGUGAGCAGCAUGUGGCUAAAGGACUGUCGAAGCAUUCUCGUGUCUUGCAUUGAGUGACGGCGGAUCUCCUCCGCCUGACGGGAGCUCCAGCCGAUACCUACACCCUGUAUCGAAGAUGAUGAAAGUUCGAAUGCAGAUCAGAGUUCACUUUCAAUAUGUGGAUCAGAUACCAGCC